AAACCGCGCCUCCGCGGAGGUAGCAAUUCCUUGACCUAGCCAUGGCUCAGAACACUGAAAACCACGACCCUGUCGGAUCCAUCUUAAUCCAGACUGCCUUCUACACGCGAGAGGCUCCCCAAAAUGCCCAUCCAGACCUUCCCCCACGGCUCAGCGCACUCCCGGUGACUUACCGUGUAGGUUACGCCCCAGAAAUUCACAUUGAGAAGUAUUUAAAUGUUGUAAACCAGAAUGUAUUAACGACUGCUGUUAAUGAUGAGAGCUUAUAUACUCCCCAGGCUUCCAAAUGGUUACUUCCAACUGUAAUUGAUCAGAAAUCAUUUAUUUUCCCUCAGGAAUCUGAGGGUAAACUUUGGCAAUCCCAAAGACAGCACAGUUCAUCUCUGCCUGUCUUUCCAAGAGCAAAGCGAAAGAUAGGGUUGAAUGUAAAAAUCAUGCAGGAUCCUGAAAACAUCCACCACAGAGCUGCUGUAAAUGCGAACUAUGGAAUCAGUUUACCAUAUAUUAAUCAGAGAAAAGCAUGUGUCCUCAAAGGUAUGUGGAAGCAAGAAGAAAUCCCUGGUACUGUUCACAUUUCCUCACUGACAUCUAGUUCCAGUUAGAGUUUAUAGUAUAACACAUUAAGAGAUCUACAGAAAAUUUGACUUUGAUUUAUUUCUUUUAAAUAAAAAGUGUUUCUUAAAAGGCUUGAAACAUGUAUCUGUUAACAUGAAUUUUAAAAGAACGAUUAUGAAUGCAUAACAAAAUAGCCAAACCAAACAUUGCUUUGAAUUGCUGCACAAAUAACUCUGAUUAUAACUGUUAUGACCUAGAAAAGAAUCAUAAAAACAUUUUUCUUUUUGGCAAGAUAUGAGUUGCUGUAGAAUUAUACCAGUUCUUUGGUCCCACUUUCCAAAUAAAUAAAUAUAUAAUGCAA